GUCAGCUGCCUUCUUGGAGUCACUGAUCGGACAAGGAAAUGGCAGCUGACGCUCUCUCGAGGCCGUUGAAUUGCUGACUGUAUCUCUUUCGACAACGUUCAUUGAAGUUUGCGGCAGCCGUCCGCGCCGAUCCUCCGCCCCUUCGUCGAGCGAUUGCGGGAACGUUGCGCCGCCAUGGCGGGCCGGGAAGAGUACUCGGGAGGUGCCACUGGCACCAAAGACGCGGGGAUGGCCACUCGACAAGGUGAGAGGGGAUGACUGCACUGUGAGUGUGUUUCCUCACUCCAUGGGUUUGCAAUGGGCUGCCUUUGCGUUGUCAGGUGGUGGUGGCACGAGUUCCGAUGCAUCAGAGUUGGUCGGGCGCCAGUUGGCAGCGAGUCGCCACAACGACAAACGAGGCACUGCAUGAGUCGCAUCCCACCGGUCUGUGUGCCUUCCGUUCUUCAGUGCGAAGGAGCACAAGGCUGAGGGCAACGACCUGAUGGCCAAGAAGAGCCCCCGAGCGGCUCUGGCGACCUACAUGAAGGCCAUGGAGGCACUCGAGGCGGUCAAGUCCGUUGACAUGGGGUCGUGGAUGGCCCACACCGACAAGGUGCGGCAGCUCACCAUGAGCGUCUGGAGCAACUCGGCCCUCGCCGCCCUCAAGGCCGACCUGCUGGACGAGGCCCUCACCUACGCCGACCUGCUGCUGGCCCACGAUGACACACCCGAAGGUGACCACAGCACAACGAGAGAUGAGUGCAUUCAUGGACUCAUCUGUGUGUGUGUGAAUGUGUCUGCAGGCGUUGUUGCGUCGCGCGUGCGCCCGUCGGCUGUCUGGCGACUUGGAUGGCGCCGUGGCCGACCUGCGCAAGCUGAAGGCAUCACACGAGAGCUACGGCAGGGAGGCCGACGCCGAGAUGGCCCUCCUCGCCCACCACAUCCAGCAGCAGAAGGCCAAGGAGCACCAGGUGGGCAGACAUCGACAUGCACGUGACGCGUGUGUGUGUGUGUGUAUGUGUGUGUGUGCAUGUGUCUGUGUGUUGGCUCCAACAGCUUUUCGGUGGCAUGUUUGAGAAGAUGUCGUUGUACGGGGCUCCUGACGGGCGUGACCAGGGGGAGGGGGAGGGGUCUGAAGAGAAGAACUGGGUGAUGAUGGAACAAGACAAGAGCCUCAUCGAGUUGGGGACGGGUUAUGCCUUCCGCCCCGCCAAGGCCCCCAGAGGCACACAACACAUCGGUCAGUGGCACUGGCGAUCAGAAGCACCUUCUCCACUCUGCAGAUCCGAUCCCUCUCCUCCUUUCCUUGUGUGUGCAGAGUUGCCACCUCUGCGUUUCUUCGACGACCAGCCAUCGGACCACCCGGCGACGCGCAGCAGUGCGGGCGUCUUCACCGUCGGCUCGGCCACCGCCACCGAGGGACGCACCAAGCGCGCCUCCCGCCGUCUGUCGGCUCGGCCGCUGCACUGCGUGAGCACCAAGACGCCUAUCCUGCCCACCGUCUCGAAAGGUGAGUGGGUCGACACACACGAGAUGGAUGUGCGAGACGAUGCGGCAUAUGUGUGUGUAUGUGUGUGCGCAGAGGCUGUGUUCGUGUUUGGCGGGGACCAGCGUCUGCCGAAGGAGGACACCGAGACGAGCAGCGGGCCGAUGACAGAGGACGGCACAGACGGAGCGGCCCAGCAGCAGACGGCGGGCUUCUGGGGCAAGGUGUGGUCCUUCCUGUUCCCGGAGGGCAUGUGCUGCGGCUGGUGCCGGGAGGGACACACACACAACUAAACAACACACACUCACACAUAACAAACACCCACAGACAGACUGAUAGGGACAAUAGGGGCGGAAGGAGACGAUGGGGAUGGCCUGGCUGUAGGGCUGGGUUUCACAGAACCAGAGAGAUACGGCUGAUAUGGGUGGCCUGCCUGCCAAUGGUGUUGUGUGAUGGUGUUUUUUCCAACAUCAGCGAAGCGUAACGGUGUGAUGUCUCCGUCAGCCCACACUCACCCAAAGGCAUCAGACUGACACGCGUGCCUCUUUUUCGAUUUGGCUCGAUUUGUCCCGCUCUUUGUGUGUGAUUUGUCGUCGUUUGGCUGCCCUGCGUGUGCUGAUUGUAAUGUGUGUAUGUGUGUAAUGUGUGAGUAUCUUGUUUGGUCUGUCUGCCCCGCCAAUUUGUGAGUGCGUCGUGUGGCUGGUUCCGCUCCUUUGUCGUCUGCCCGGGUGCCGAGUGACUGACUGAACGGUAUCUUUCCUUCCAUCCACCACUCAUCCCUCUCUCUGCUCCCAGCACACAUACACGAGGGCUGGCUGGCUGGGCUGGAUCUCACACACGAAAGGACAACACACACGGAGGCAGGUGUGGGUGUGCGCAUGGUGCUGUAUGCCGCAACCAACAAACAGACAGACAGACAGACGGACAGACAGGCAGACGGACGGGAAAAGACUUUGGCUGCCCGGCUGGCUGGUUGGCUGGUUGGUCGGCUGGAUGCCGCCUGUGGUGUCUCGUGGGUUUCAUUUUGUCGUCGAUCAAUCUGUAUUUUCUCCAUCUUUUGUUUUUCAUGUGUUGAGCGUCGGGGGCACUCAGUGUGUCGGUCGACUGUGCCUAUGGGCGUUUGCGCGAACUCACGGAAUGGUCGGAAUGUCAGCUAUCAUGCGUUUUCCUUUUGGAAAAUAUAUGUGUGGCAUUGGUGGAUGGGUGGCUGGGUGGCUGUCGUCGUUUGUCGGUCGGUCGGUCUUUUUGUCACCGCACUGCAUCGCAUACCCUCGCCAGUCAGUCAGUCCACCACUGCUCUGCCCUCCCCGCUCCUCAGGAGUAGCGGGGGAUCGAUGGGCAGCGGUGGACGGGCCGGGCGGGGCAAUGCAAUUAAUGCAUUGCGUGUUGUGUUUGUUCGUUUCCUCCCCACACCGCCUCGCAACCAGCCAGCCCAUUACUGCUUUUUCCUUCCUCUGGCCGCGCCCUUGGCGAGCUGAGGAGAGGGGCAGGAGUGGACACAAAUGCAAUCGGUCGGAUGGAGGGAGGGUUGGGUGUCGUGUCGUGUUGUGGGUUUCUUUUUGUCAUCGUCGGUCUAUCGAUUCGUUUCUCCAUCUCUUCAAGUUGUUUUUUCCAUUGAUUGGUUCGGCUGUCAUCAGGGGAACUCAGCCAGUGUGUCGGUGUUUCUUUUUGCCCUUUUGUCGACUGCGUGUAAGUGUGUUGGGGGGGACUCAGGGGAUGGCUGGCGUGUCAGUACUGACCCGUCUUCUUUUUGUGCGUGGGAUGUCAAGGCGAGCAUCACCACGUGGGACAGCCAGCCCAUCGACCACCCAAUUAGGUACUCAGACUGUCUGUCUGUCUGUCUGUCUUGCUCUCACCUCGCCCCCCACACCCACACUUAGCCAAGUGCUCUGAUUGAUACAUAGCCAGGCCAAGCCAAGCUGAGCUGUUCUUGUGUGCAUGCCGUCUGUGUGUGGGUGUGUGGCAAGCACCCACCCUCCCACACGACUCGCUCUCAGACAGACAGAUCAAGGGGGCGGUGUAGUCUUAUCUACUGCCGCGUCCGCUGUGUGUGUGUGCGUACUGUCUGUCUGUCUGUCUGUGGCAGAGUGGCUGUGUGCGAGUGACGUGUGCGCGUAAUGGUGGCGGUUUGCGAGAGCGAGGCGGGUGAUAUGCAUCUGUCUGAUGGCCGGUGCACAUAACCACAGACAAUGAUAUCUUAGAUGGGAUCCCUCACAGCCAUGGGAGGGUGGGGCUGUGGAUGCGAUGUGUGCGGCUCAGCGUGGUUGAUGGAGUGAACUAGUCAACAUGAAUCGAUGGACGGAUGGCAG